AUGGGUGACCGGACUCUUUAUGUACCCUCCCACAUAGGGGAGAAUGUUCUUCCCAAUCUUCCUUUCUUUCAUAAAUUGCUUCGAUACGCUCAGCGCAAGCCUUCGCGCAUCGCUAUCCGAGAUGUAAAUGCAGGCUUGGAGAAAACAUACCGCGACGUGCUCUCAGAUGCUCUUGCUCUUCGUGUCGAAUUAGAGAAGACACUCGGCCAAAGCACUCUUCGCGAACUAUCUGAAGACAAAGAAGUCUAUAUCGGUCUAUUGGCACCAGGUGGAUAUGAAUACACUGUGGGGUUCAUUGCUAUCCUUGCGAUGGGUGCAGCAGUGGUACCUAUGGCUGCUGGGUUACCGGUAGAAGAGGCGUCUUACUUCCUCCACAAAGCUCAAUGUGUAGCCUUGGUGGCCAGUACAACCAGCGAAGAGCUCGGGAAGUCCAUUGUCCGAUCUAUGGGCGAGAAGAAAAACUUCGCCAUCCCUUGCCUCGCACCCAUCGCGUCGUUAUUCCUCCCUACACCCAUCUCAGCUGAGGAUGUCGUUAUCUCAUCAAACAGAAUGCUUGAUAUGAACGGUGCAAGCGCGGUCAUAUUCACAUCAGGCACAACAGGCCCACCCAAGGGUGCAGUCCAACGGCGUACUUGGUUGACCGGCAACGCCGAGACCGACGCAGACUUCUAUCGCAUCACCGAAAAUGACGUUGUGCUCCAUGUAUUGCCAGUUCAUCAUGCCUCGGGUGUAGGACUUACGUUCCUUCCUUUCCUCACAGCCGGUGCAUGCAUUGAAUUCCGGAGCGGUGGCUUUGAUACUGCGUGGACGUGGGAGCGCUGGCGUCGUGGAGGGCUGACAUUUUUCUCCGGCGUGCCUACCAUCUAUAUGCGUAUGAUGCGGUAUUAUGAAGAAAACAUAGCCAAUCAGGCACCCGAAAUACGCGAUCAAUACGUUGCUGGAGCGCGUAGCAUUCGCACCAUGUUGUGUGGAUCAUCAGCACUUCCUGGUCCUGUGCAGGAAUUUUGGGAGAAUUUGCGACAAUUACCCAUCUUGACUCGGUAUGGCGCUACGGAGUUUGGAGCAGUCAUUAAGACAGACUUGGAUCCUACUGGUACACCACGUAACAGCGUUGGUCGAGUGGUCGAGUCGGUAUCUCUCAAGCUCGAAGAGGAUGGUCAUCUCCUUGUCAAGUGUCCUUAUAUGUUUUCAAAAUAUCUUCAUGACGAGAAAGCGACUAUGGAAGCCCACGAUAAAGAUGGUUAUUUCAAGUCUGGUGACAUUGCCCGCCGGGAAGGAAAAUAUUAUUUCAUCCUCGGUCGUGCUUCCAUCGAUAUUAUCAAGUCUGGUGGCUAUAAGAUCUCGGCAUUGGAUGUUGAACGAGAGAUCUUGGGGCUGGAUUACGUUUCUGAGGUGAUGGUGGUCGGCGUUGAAGACGAAGAAUUCGGACAACGAGUGGCAGCCACCAUCAGCCUCAAGACGGACCCGAAUACCACGCGCAAUAGUCUUACUCUUGCGGAGCUGAGAGAGGACCUCCGUACCAAGUUGGCUGGUUAUAAGAUGCCAACUAUUCUGCGGCUGGUCAAGGGUGAGCUGCCCAAGUCAGGUACAGCAAAGGUGCAAAAGAAGAUUUUGGGACCGAAAUUCUUUCCACCUAACUAUCGAGAGAUUCCCGAGGUUCAAGUGUGGAGCAAAGGGAAGAGUGCAAAGCUAUAG